AUUUCUGGUGCACUGGCCACUGCACUGGCAGAUAAAGGUGGAAUCUAAGCUUGACUGUUCCUGUUCAGUCCAGAGAGGACAUAUGCAGUUCAUUCUCUGUGCCCAGGCCUUUGCUAUGAAGAAAAGGUUGAUCUUUUCCUCUGGCUGCUCACCAGUAUCCGGUAUGGAAUCCAAACAUUUAAUGGUUGUCUUUGGAUGGCAGGACUUAAUUUAUUUCCAUGAGAUUUCAUGUUAAACUUAAGUGCGUGCUUCGAGCAUCAUUUUAAACUAGUUUGUACUGAUCCAACUUUAAUAUACAAGCGGAAAAUCAACCCUGCAACAGGCUUAAACCGUCUCGAUGGAUAAGAAGCAGCCCGCUGCUCCUGCAUAUCCAUGGCGGUGUGCAACUGCAGGAGUAAUGGGCUCAGGGCGGUGUACAGCCACCCAGCCAGCUGACUCAGGAAACCUGAAGACUCGGGUGAAUAAUAUGGAGGGUAAACCCAAUGAGCCGUUGUCUCAGCCAAGCGGGCCCUGUGUUAUGUGCAUGACAUGCAGCAAACACACAAACCAGCAAGAGGCCAUGGCCAGCAUGCUCUCUACUCAAGCUAGAGUCCUAGACUCACUUCAGAAGAAUGUUCUGGAGAUUCAGAGGACCUUGGAGAGUCUAAUGCGAGGCAUGGAGGAGAGGGGCUUGCAGACUAUUACCGAAAAAUUGUCUUUACCUGUGGGGCUCCAACAAAGGAGAAAGUCACUUCCAAUGAGGAUGUUGGUGGAUGAAGUUUAUGUGCAGCUUGAUGCCAACACACAUGAACAGAGUGUCUUGACUGGCCCUCUUAGGGAUAUUGAUUCUAACAGUCCAGACAUAAGUGGUCAUAAGGAAGCAAAAAUGGCUGCUGUGCCCAAGACAAAACAGGAGAGAGGACUUCAGUCACCAGACAGAAGUGUUGUAACAGUUGUCUCUGUGAAGCAAAUUGGGCCUUCCACCUCAUGUCUGCAGGCCAGCCUAAUGUCAAAGAAUGCAAUUUCAGAAGGAAGAACCGUCACAACAACAUCUACAUUAAAGACAACAGUGGCCAGUUCUUCACGACCCAUAGACUGCCCUGGUGCCAAACAGCAGAGCGCUUCAGUGUCUCCAGGCAGCUCUGAAACAAAACCUGGGCUGGCCACCAAGGAUUCACCACGCCAGCCACAGACGGGUAGUGUGGGGGCCGGGACAGAGACUACUGCAGCGAAGGCUGAUCUGGGUCAGAGCAUACUGCAAAGUUCAAAGCCAGCACCGGAGCCUGCUGCUAAAUUCCCACCCCCUCCGAUGAAGAUGAGAGACCCAUGCACUGGGAAACCUGUUGCAGCUCCAGCUAAUGAAGACACCAGCGUGGGCAAACAGAUCAAAGUUAGCCCUGCCCAACCCACAAUCGGUGUCAAGUCACCCCCUAAAACCUUCGCAAAAGGGACAGAAAAAGAGACAGUGUCUCCGUUGAGUCUUGCUCCUCCCAAGGAAACACAUCUGGCUGUUCCGUCAUUAACAACAGAUGUGUCGUCCCUCAGACAUGUACAAAGCUGUCCAGAAUCCUUGCAAAGAUUACAGAGUUUGCCACCAAAAGCUGACCCUGUGCCCAAUAAGCUGCCACUGCUGCUGAAGACUAUUUCUACAGCAACAGCUGCAGGAGCUGUCUGCACUCCUGCAGCUAAAGUCCCAGCCAGUGGCAUACAGAUCAGAGUGAGUCCAGCUGUUGACGAAAAGACCACCGCAACAAGAACUCUAUCACCCCCCAAAACAGCACUGAAAGUCAUAGAUGAUAUUCCUCCUCAGCCUGCCCCCUUCUCCCACCGGUUUGUUGCUUUGAAACUCAGUCCUCCAUUUGAGUACUUCUCUGUCCACACCAAAGAAGUCCUGGGCGGUGGACGAUUUGGCAAAGUGCAUAAAUGUACAGAAAAUGCCACUGGCCUGAGGCUAGCCGCCAAGAUCAUCAGCACACGAACUGCCAAAGAAAAGGAAAUGGCUAUGAAUGAGAUGCAAGUGAUGAACCAGCUAAGUCAUGCUAACAUCCUACAGUUGUAUGCAGCGUUUGAGGUUAAAAACCAGGUCAUCCUCAUAGUUGAAUAUGUUGAGGGUGGGGAAUUGUUUGAGAGGAUUGUGGAUGAGAGUUCACCGCUGACUGAGGUGGAUGCAAUGGUGUUUGUGAGACAAAUCUGUGAAGGUGUCCAAUACAUGCAUCAGAUGUAUGUUCUCCACCUUGACCUCAAGCCAGAGAAUAUCCUUUGUGUGAAUCGCACGGGUCAUCAAGUGAAGAUUAUUGACUUUGGGCUGGCCAGGAGGUACAAGCCUCGGGAGAAGCUCCGUGUAUCAUUUGGGACACCGGAAUUUCUGGCCCCAGAGGUCGUGAACUUUGAUUUCGUCUCCUUUCCCACAGAUAUGUGGACUCUAGGAGUUAUCACCUACAUGCUUGUCAGUGGUCUGUCCCCUUUCCUGGGUGAUGAUGACACACAGACCCUUAACAAUGUGGUCAUGGCCAACUGGUACUUUGAUGAGGAUGCGUUUGAGCACAUUUCCGCAGAAGCGAAAGACUUCAUAUCCAACCUACUCAUCAAAGAGAGAAGCGGGCGAUUCAGUGCGGCCUCGUGUCUCAAACACCCAUGGCUCAACAACAUUUCAGAGAAAGCAAAGUGCAGCAACAUUGUUCUGAAGUCGCAAGUUUUGUUGAAGAAAUACAUGGCCAGAAGGAUGUGGAAGAAAAACUACAUAGCUAUUGCAGCAGCCAACAGGUUUAAGAAGAUUGCCAGUUCAGGAUCUCUAACAUCCCUAGGGAUCUGAUUUCACCCUGAUAUGUUUCAUGAAGAUUGCACUUUUGAGUGGAGGCACGCAGUGAAGGCCUAAGUCCCUUCUGGUUUUUUUCUGCAGUCAUUGUCAAGAACAAGUGGCAGUUAUUUUAAGAAUAUUUCUAGGCCUAGAAAAGUAUGCAUGUUGUGAUAAUUUUAGUAGUCAGGUAAUAGUACUCAUAGUGUUUGAAAAGAUAGCCGAUGUGUCAAUCAUUUUUAUCUUUCAUAUCGUUUUUCGGUAGGCCCAGUUUUACAACAAAUGGUGUUCAAUGUAUAUGUCCAAAAUAUAAAAAGCAAAUUCCUGUUGUAAUGUAUUUUCUUAAUACCCUCAACAGCUCCCUAUGUUAACAAUUAUGCAUUGUAACUAUUUUUUGUUUCUUUAUGAUUUUGUGAAUUUUCUGGGUGUUACUGUUGUCAAUCAGUAAGCUAAUCAAUAAAUACCUUUGUGCCUCUA